AUGAUGCUUAGGCCCAUUUUUAAUCUCUCUGAUAUUAUAUGGCUGGUCUGUUUUGCUGAAAUUGUUCUUUCGAGUUCAGUUAUUGGCUCUUUCAUGAUUAGACCAUUAGUCACAAAAAUGUACGUAGCGUUUAUGGAUAUAAAGCUACAAGAUACUAGACUGCUUCGGGAUGAAAAUGAACAAAAUGCAUACCAAAAAAAUAUUAUACCGAAUAAUAUUCUCUGCAGUAUAUUAGCACUUAUUCUCUUGACAGCACGUUCAUUUUGUCCUAAUGGGCAUGCUUUAGUAACAAUAAUAAUCAUGCAAUUCGCAUGCAUACUAUCUGCAUUCGCCUGGUCUGGCUUCUUAUUUCAAAUACUAAGAAUAUAUUUAAAAGGGGGACUUAAAAAGAAGAGUGUUUUAAACCAUGAAGCAUCUCAUAAGAAAAAUAUAUUUCUUUUGUUCUCUAUGUUUAUGAUAACUAUUCUAGCUGCUUGUGCGUGGUGGUUAUAUUUUGUUAUAAUGGCGUUUGGAUCCUAUAUAUUUAUGCCUGGUUCUCUAUGCUAUAAUAGUUGA